UUCUAUCAUCCAGAAACUCAAAAAGGCAGAGGGAUCAUCUGCAGAGUCAAUAGCUACACUUGCAAAAGUCGAUACUGUCAAGCGAAGAAUGGAAGCUGCCUAUGAGACAUUGCAGGAUGCAGCCGGUUUGGCUCAACUAAGCUCAACUGUGGAGGAUGUAUUCUCAAGCGGUGAUCUUCCUCGUGCUGCAGAAACUUUGGCAAACAUGAGGCACUGCUUGUCUGCCGUUGGUGAGGUUGCAGAAUUUGCUAAUAUAAGGAAGCAGCUUGAAGUCUUAGAGGAUAGGCUGGACUCGAUGGUGCAACCUCGCUUGAUAGAUGCCUUAAGCAAUAGGAAGGUUGAUGUUGCUCAAGAAAUGAGGGGAAUUCUCAAAAGAAUUGGGAGAUUCAAGUCAUUAGAAUUGCAAUACUCAAAGGUCCACCUCAAGCCUAUAAAACAACUUUGGGAGGAUUUUGAGUUAACGCAACAGGCAAAUAAGGUUUCAAAUGAAAAGAUUGAGAUAGAAAGGACAUCACGUGCUCAUAAUCUACAAUUGAAUUCGUCAACUACUACCUUUUCACGUUGGCUGCCCAGUUUCUAUGAUGAAUUGCUGCUAUAUCUUGAACAGGAAUGGAAAUGGUGCAUGCUUGCUUUUCCAGAAGAAUAUAGAACUCUUGUUCCAAAUCUACUAAUUGAAACGAUGUCAACCAUUGGUGCAAGUUUUGUAUCAUCUAUCAAUCUAGCUGCUGGGGAGGCUGUCCCUGAGACUAGAACAUUUGCCAAAGGUAUCGUAGACAUCUCAACUGGAGAUUUGUCGAAAGGUGUCAAGGUUCAGACAAAGCAUUUGGAUGCCCUAAUUGAGCUUCACAAUACAACAGGGAGUUUUGCGAGGAAUAUCCAACACCUAUUCUCAGAAACAGACCUUCAAGUUAUGUUGGAUGCUUUGAAGGCUGUAUAUCAUCCUUUUGAAUCAUUCAAACGACGGUACGGGCAAAUGGAGCGUGCCAUUCUCUCUGGUGAGAUUGCAGGACUUGACCUAAGAGGAGCUGCCAUAACUCUUGUAGGAGUCCAGGGAGUUGAACUUAGUGAAACAGUUCGGAGGAUGGAAGAGUCAAUCCCACAAGUGAUUCUACUUCUAGAAGCUGCUGUAGAGAGAUGCAUCAAUUUCACUGGCGGUUCUGAGGCAGAUGAACUCAUCCUUGCAUUGGAUGAUGUCAUGCUACAAUACAUUUCCACCAUGCAGGAAAAUUUGAAAUCUCUAAGAACAGUGUGUGGUUUGGAUUUUGAUGCUUCUUAUGGUUCAAGGAAAGAAAUCGGAUCCGAUAACAGGAGGGGGGAAGGAGCUUCCAACUCGCGUAAGGCGGACUUCACAUCAAAUGAGGAAGAGUGGUCAUUCGUCCAAGGCGCAUUGCAGAUUCUCACGGUUGCUGAGUGUUUGAGCAGCAGAUCAUCAGUCUUUGAAGCUUCCCUCAAGGCUACCCUGGCUAGAUUGAGUACUAAUUUGUCUUUUUCAGUAUUCGGUUCAAGUCUUGAUCAGAACCACUCACAUGAUGACGGGAGUGGACAGGUGUCUGUAACAGGACGUGCUGCUUUGGAUGUGGCAGCAGUGAGGCUUGUUGGUAUUCCUGAAAAAGCUCGGAAACUUCUUAAUCUAUUGGAGCAGUCUAAGGAUCCCCGGUUUCAUGCGCUUCCAGUUGCUUCUCAACGAGUUACAGCUUUUGCUGACGCUGUUAAUGAGCUUGUUUAUGAUGUGCUUGUAUCAAAAGUACGGCUGCACUUGAAUGAUAUAUCUCGGUUGCCUGUAUGGUCUUCUGUUGAAGAACAUAGUGCUCGUCCCCUCCCAACAUUCAGUGCAUAUCCCCAAUCUUAUGUUACUAACGUUGGUGAAUAUCUGCUUACGUUGCCCCAACAACUAGAGCCACUUGCAGAUGGAAUUUCCAACUCUGAUGCUACCAAUGCUGAUGAGGCUCAGUAUUUUGCCACUGAAUGGAUGUUUAAGGUUGCAGAAGGCGCUACCGGUCUAUAUGUGGAACAAUUGCGGGGCAUACAGUAUAUCACAGAUCGUGGAGCCCAGCAGCUGUGUGUCGACAUUGAAUACCUAAGCAACGUGCUGUCAGCACUAUCAAUGCCCAUCCCACCUGUUCUUUCCACCUUUCAUUUGUGUCUCUCAACACCGAGAAAUCAGCUAAGGGAAUUUGUAAGAUCUGAUUCUGGAAAUCAGCUUGAUCUUCCUACUGCCAAUCUUGUGUGCAAAAUGCGGCGUGUUAGUUUGGAGUAAUGGUUUACAGGUCCGCUGUUCAUAUCGGGGCAGUGUCCUUUCAGUGAACCAUUCUUAUACGUUGUUUGGUUUGGAGGAAAUGAUAUUUUGAAACCGGGGAGAACAGAAAGAAAGCAGAAGAUCCAUUGCUUGGCGAAGAUGAACUUGUAGCGAAUGCAAAUUUCAAUGUUCGGUAAACUAUGUAAUUGAAAAGGAAUGAACUGGGUUGCAUGCUGCAGACAUCAGUGAGAGGUGUACCUGCAUUCAUCUUGUUGCUGCUAUAAGUAUACUUUUCAUAUUUUUUUCUCCUAUGUAGUUGUAGAUUUUCUCCAUUUAAGUUUGCCAUGAGAAUGUGUGAGGAAUUGGGACUUGGGAGUGGGCAUGAAAACCAAACCGAACUAGCACCAAGUUGUAAUGGUACAGAAUGAAUUAACGAGUUUUUAAAAAGCUCUAUAUGUUUUUAUCCUGAACUAAAAGCCUAUGGUUGAAAUGGAUAUGAGGCCGAUUCAGAAAUGGGAAUCGAAUGGUACUGGAUCGGACUGAUAUAAAUUUAUAUAUAAUUGAUAUUUUUAUAUUUUUUCCACCAGAAUAAAAUUGAGAAAAUUGCUUGAAAUAAGAUCAAAUCAAAGCAACUUUACAAAAAUAGGACUGAGUAAUGUUUUUCCCAUGCGUGGGAUUCAAUUAGCUCUGUUUUAGGAAAUUGUAUUUUUGUUUUUCUUUUUUACCCUUCAUUUUGAUAUUCCAGAUUAAAAAAAACUUCCCAGGCUACUCUAUCUCUUCGUCUCAUCGCAUCCUGGUUUUAGCGUUGAUAUCAACGUCUCUCGGCGGCGACCUUGCGGGCUGCGGUUGGGAUCUAAUGGCUCACUCAUCCCUCUGGUUUCAAGAGCUUUCAAACCCAUUGCCGACCCGACCACAAAAUCAGAAUACUUCUUCGGCAUCAUGACUUCUAUAAUCAGAUGUUGUGACCACGUAUGUCGCCUUAUUCCAGAUCGGAGAUUCUCGAAGGCCUCUCGAUUUAAUUUCAUUAAUGGAAAUAGUUAAUUGCAUAUAUAUUGGUUUGUGUUACCUGUUCUGCUAUAAUGCUAUUAUCGGAUCUUAUUGUCUGUUUAUUGACUACUUAAUGUCUAUUAUUUUGCAAGUUUGAUUUUGGUCGUUAUGCUCUCUUAAUGUCAAACAAGGUCUCCAAUCAUCAAGACACAAUAGAUGUAGUUGCCGAUAUCAUCGAACACUGAUAUAC